AAGACAAUCAUCGACCGUGGAAAUCCCAACCCUGUGUCGCCACACACUUGGGGAUAUAACAAGGGAGGCAUGGGCAGGUAAGGCAGAGCAGAACAAGACACUGUGGUGGACACACCUGCUCUCACCAACGUCUUCCUCAAGAAUCUAUAGAGAUAAUGAAGAUGCAGACUGUAAUAGCCAUGGCAGUUGUGGCUACCAUUGUGGCCAUGACAGAAGCAUCCCUAGUACUUCCAUACCCAGGUCUGGAUUGUAAGUACUGGUGCAAAGACAACUACGAUAAACACUACUGCUGUGGCCCACCAGGACGUACCUAUCCACCUUAUACCGAGCGCUCUGGUAAAUGUCCUCCGGUCCGUGCUACAUGUACUGGUGUCAGGUCACGCCUACCAAAGUUGUGUCCCCAUGAUGGUGCUUGUGACUUUCCAAGCAAGUGCUGUUAUGACGCCUGUGUGGAGCACCACGUAUGCAAGACUCCUGAUUUCUACUAAACAAUCAUUGAACCAGACUGAAGAUGAAAAUUUUUCACCAAUUUUGCUUACAAACUUUACAGAGAUGAUAUUCUCUUAAAACAUUGAUUUAUGGUUAUGCUAUUCUAUAUUCAUUUGUAAACAAUAUCAACAAAAUAAUAAACGCAAUUGUAUCCUU